GGGAGGCACACGGAAAAGGAAACCAAAGCGGAGGCAAAGAUUGUCGUACGGUUGUUGUUUGUGCGUGUGCACAGUGUGCCAACAGUUAUUUGGAAAGGAAGCCACAGUCCGUAAAUGGAUAGAGGAAAUCAAGAACCUAAGAUGAACUUCUUGGAACUCCACGACGACUGUCUGGACAAUAUUUUAUUUCAUUUUGGCUUCGACGAGAUACUGCCGCUGUUUAAUGAACUCCAUACACGUUUCGAUGAGGCCAUUGAACGUCAGCUGCACCGGUUUCGCGACUUGCAGUUCAGUAUGCGGCAUCCUCCUCCCUUUCAUGAGGGCUUGAUGCUGUUGCUGGGUCGCCAUUUGAACAGCCUGCACAUAACGGUAGGUUACUCGACCAGCGACAAAGAUUUCCUUCGAUAUCUGAAUCCCCUGUGCCAAGGGGCGUCGGAGAGCCUGCGCCUUCGGGCCCUCAAAUUGGAUCAUGCCAAGUGGUCGCCUGACAUCGUGAAUGCUGUCUGUAAGGUGGCACGUUCCCUGCUCUUCUUGGACAUGCGUCACUGCGAUGUGCGGGAUUAUCAGAUAACACGGCUCUUGGAAUCGACGGAUAAGAUGGAGGCUCUGGCUCUGCUGCAUGUGCACAAUCAGACGGGAGACUCUUAUCUGCAACACAAUGUACUCAACAGGGUGCCAGCUCUAAAACUCAUCCAUAUAACAAUCCUCGGAAUCUUGCCGUUUUCACCUGAAGAGCUGUCCCAGCAGUGUCCACAUCUUAGCUUCCUGAUUAGCGACUUGAUCAACAGAGAAUUCAAAAUCUACGGACCACCAGCUUACUUACAAGACUACUAUAAAUAUUACCAUGAAUAUUUUAAGACCCCCUGAGGGUUACUAAGUAACAUUUUAAAUGAUCUCAAAAUAAAACAGUUCACGCUGAAA